AUGGCUCAUGGCUUCCUUCUCUUCCUCUUAUUCUCUUACAUUAUAUCUACAAAUAUUCAUGCCUGCAAACAAGCUGAAAGCAGCUCACUCCUGUCCUUUGCCUCCACUCUAUCUUCUCCUUCUUUAAAUUGGACAUCCAUUGACUGCUGUCGUUGGGAGGGCAUCACUUGUAAUAAAGAUGGUUGGGUCACCCAUUUGCUCUUACCUUCCAAAGGGCUCAAGGGAGGUCUCUUGCCUUCUUCACUUGCAAAUCUCACACAUAUUACCCACUUGAAUCUUUCCCAUAAUUCACUAUAUGGUUCACUUGAAACUCAGUUCUUCUUGUCUUUGAAUCGACUCGAGAUCCUUGAUUUGAGCUAUAACUUUCUUUCUGGAGAGCUACCACUUUCUCUACAAUCCAGCAAUAUCCAGACACUGGAUUUGUCCAGCAAUCACUUUCAUGGUGCAAUUCCAUCUUCAUUCUUCCAACAAGCAAGCAACUUGACAAGUUUCAAUGUCAGCAACAAUAUCUUCAAAGGGUAUGUCCCAUCCUCUAUUUGUCCCCAUUCUUCUCCCUUCCUUAGGCUAUUGGAUUUUUCUUACAAUGAAUUCAGUGGCAACCUUCCUCCUGGGCUAGGGGCGUGUUCUGAACUGCAGAUUUUUCGAGCCGGUCACAAUAACCUCUCAGGAUUACUUCCAGAAGAUAUCUAUAAUGCUACCAAACUUAAAGAAAUUGCAUUACCUCUCAAUGCACUACGUGGAGCCAUUAGUGAUAAAAUUGUCAACAUCACCAACCUUGCAAUCCUUGACCUCUACUUUAAUCAAUUCAGCGGCGAGCUUCCCUUCAAUUUGGGGAAACUCUCCGAGUUGAAGUUUGUGACCCUUGAUUUCAACAAUUUAAAAGGUGCUUUGCCUCCGUCUUUGAUGAAUUGCACAAACCUUGUAGAACUGCGUUUGGGAUCCAACAAUUUAGAAGGAGAUAUCUCCAUGCUUGAUUUCUCCCGACUUAGUCAACUCACUAAACUUGACCUGAGGUACAAUAAUUUCACGGGUAUGUUUCCAGUAAGCCUUUACUCAUGUAGGUCCCUAAAAGCCAUUCGAUUGAGUGGAAAUCAUCUAGAGGGAGAAAUACAAACUGAGAUUAUUUCAUUGAAAUCCUUGUCCUUCUUGUCGCUUGGUUACAACCGAUUCACCAACCUCACAGGCGCAAUGAAGAUAUUGAUGAGUUGCAAAAGUCUUCAAGCACUUAUGCUUACUGGUUCCUUUAAAGGUGAGGGAAUGCCAUCUGAUGAUGACAUGGUUGAUUUUGAUGGAUUCCAAAAUCUUCGAGUAUUGGGUUUGGUUGAUUCUAACCUCACUGGUCAAAUACCUGUAUGGUUAUCAAAGCUCAGGAAUCUAGAGGUCUUGGGUUUGCGUUUAAAUCAAAUGACAGGGCCAAUUCCAAGUUGGUUGGGGACUCUUCCUAGACUGUUUUUUAUAAGCUUGGGACACAAUCGAAUUUCAGGUGAAUUUCCAAAGCAACUUUGUAGACUACCAAGGUUGCUUUAUCAACCUAUUGCACCUCAAGUAGACCAAUUUGAAUUUGACUUGCCUAUCAUCGGCGGCGCAACCGAAAAUCACAUUUUUCCACCGUAUAAAUUGUCCUUCAUUGCAGCAACGAUAGACUUAUCUAACAAUAAUAUUAUUGGUGAUAUACCUACUGAGAUCGGCCAAUUACAGCUUCUCCGCUGGCUAUUUCUGAACUCCAACAACUUCUCCGGUGUCAUUCCAGACCAAAUAUCAAACCUAAAAAAUUUAGAGGUUUUGGAUCUCUCAACGAAUCAUUUGUCUGGAAAAAUCCCAUUGUCAUUGGCGAGCCUUAAUUUCUUGAAAGAUUUUAAUGUCUCAUACAAUAAUCUCCAAGGACCAAUACCAACUGGCACCCAGCUCCAAAGCUUCAACGCUUCUGCCUUUGAGAGGAAUCCAAAACUUUGUGGUGCCCCACUUCCAAAUAAGUGUGGACUAAAUAAGGGCAUUGAUGUAGAUAACAAGAACAACAAAGACGUGGACAAUGGGCUUCAUCAACUUCCAUGGUUUUAUAUUUUCACUGCAUUGGGGUUUAUAGUAGGAUUUUGGGGAGUCUGUGGUUCUUUAAUUAUUAACAAGACAUGA